GCUCGGCGCGUCGAGGGCGCCGGGAGCCACUCUCUGCGGCGCUCCCCGCCCUCCCCGGCCCGGCCGAGGGCGGCGCUGCGGCUCGGGGGCCCGGGUGCGGGUGGACGCGGGUGGGCCCCGCGGUCACGUGAGCCAGGCCCGCUGCCGGCGGGGGGCGGGAGUCUGGGCACGCAGGGGAGCGCCCGACGGCCGCCGCCGCCCCGCACUGCGCCCCCGAUGUCUCCGCAGUGAUCGCGCCCGCGCCCUGGUCUGCAGCCGCGGCCCCCGCAGCGCAGGAUGGCUGGAGCUCCGCCCAGUUACUGUUUCGUGGCCUUCCCUCCACGCGCAAAGGAUGGUCUGGUGGUAUUUGGGAAAAACUCAGCUCGGCCCAGGGAUGAAGUGCAGGAGGUUUUAUAUUUCCCAGCUGCUGAUCAUGACCCUGAGAGCAAAGUGGAGUGCACUUACAUUUCAAUUGACCAAGUUCCCAGGACGCAUGCCAUUGUGAUCAGCAGACCUGCCUGGCUUUGGGGAGCAGAAAUGGGCGCCAACGAACAUGGAGUGUGCAUUGCCAACGGGGCCAUCAGCACCAAGGAGCCAGCAGCGGAGACAGAAGCCUUGUUGGGGAUGGAUCUGGUCAGGCUUGGUUUGGAGAGAGGGGCAACGGCUAAAGAAGCCUUGGAUGUCAUCGUCGGCCUGUUGGAAGAACACGGACAGGGCGGGAGUUACUAUGAAGAUGCAAGUGGCGGCUGUGGUUUCCAGAGCUCGUACCUGAUCGUGGAUCGUGAGGAAGCCUGGGUGCUGGAGACCCUGGGGAAGUACUGGGCGGCGGAGAAAAUCGCAGAGGGAGUGAGGUGUGUUUGCAAUCAGCUCUCACUCACCACCAAGAUUGAUGCGGAACACCCUGAACUCAGAAAUUACGCUCAGAGUCAAGGCUGGUGGAUGGGUGAGGAUGAGUUCAAUUUCUCUGAGGUUUUUUCUCCAACCAAUGAUCAUCUAGACUGCUGUGCUGGCAAAGAGAGCUUAGAAAAGCAAGAAGAAAGCAUCACAGUGCAGACUAUGAUUGAUGUCUUACGGGAUAAAGCCGGCGGCGUCUGCAUCGACUCCGAGUCUUUCCUCACCACAGCCAGCGCCGUCUCUGUGCUGCCUCAGAGCAGAAGCUCACCGUGCAUUCACUACUUCACGGGGACCCCAGACCCUGCCAGGUCCAUAUUCAAGCCUUUCAUCUUUGUUGAUGAUGUCAAACCUGUCCCCAAAACUCAGUCUCCCUAUCUGGGGGAUGACGACCCUGCCAAAAAGGUGCCUCGGUUCCAGGAGAAGCCGGACCGCCGGCACGAGCUCUACAAGGCCCAUGAGUGGGCACGUGCUCUCAUCGAGAGUGACCAGGAGCAAGGCCACAAGCUGAGGACAACAAUGUUGGAACUAGAGAAGCAAGGCCUGGAGGCCAUGGAGGAAAUUAUGAGCGGCUCCGAUCCCCUGGACCCGGCCGAGGUGGGGGAUCUUUUCUAUGACUGCGUUGACACGGAGAUUAAGUUCUUUAAGUGAGAUGUGCAUUCCUCCUCCCCUUCUUAUUUGAAGUUUCCCACCUUACUAAGUUACCAGCGAUACAAACCGCUCUUCUGAAGGACUGAAAUGAGGCGAGUCCCGCUGUGGUCUCUUUGUUCCGAAGCCAGAUGCAACUGUGAACUUGUGUUCUGCCAUGACUCCUGAACCGGCCCCUUCCCCCGACAGCAGGUCCCUUCCUUUGCAGCGUGACGUGUACCCCCUUUGCCUGUGGCUCAGCCAUGUGACUCAUUGUGGAUUUUCAGCUGCUGUUCUUGGGUUUCAGUGACAAUGGACACAUUCGCCUUCUCACGGGAUGACUCCCUUUGAAGGACGGCCUCCGCCGUGCUGAUUGGUGGGAAAGCGAACCCUUUGAAAUGUCACUCCUUUCCUAGGCAAUGGCUCCCUUUCAGGUUAACAAAAGGCAUUUCUUUGCUGGACCCAGGGCUCUCCUGAGUGUGCAGGGGCUCAGGGGUGGGUAGGCCCACCCUGGUCCUUUUUCUCCCGGGUACACAUCUACAGAGCACUGGGUCUUCUGGGAACAAAAUCUUUGGGAAGGAAUGAGGGGGGGGUGAGGGGCCCUCCAGGCCUGGCUGCAUCUCGAUUCUCACCAUCCAAGAGGAUGCCUGUCCCAUGCGCCUUUCUGGCGUGCACUAGAUGUGUGUGCUGCGUCCACAGGCAGGAGAGUCAGGCACUCGGACUAGCGGGAACCAGCCCACAUGCAGAUUCUGAGGCAGCCACAUGGGGUCAUUUUGCUAGUUCCCAUUAAGCAGAGCUUGCUGUUCUGACAUACCCACCCACCGCCCUCCAGGGUGAGUUCUUGUGUAGAAACCAUCUCAGGCUGGGUUCUUCCCAUCUUGUCAAGGAUUGAUGAAAUGGCCCCGUGGCAGAGUUCCACCCCAGAAGGCUGCAUAUCUCUCAGCUCAUGAGGGGAAGAGAGAGGGGGUGUGGGGGUGGGGGCCGGGGAACUGUUGAUACUUUAGGUUCUGGCUAAAGUAACUGGAAUCCAAACAGCCACUGUGUGAUCUCAGCAGAAACUUGAAUCAAGUUGGUUUGUUUCCAAGGACGUGUUCAUGGGAAGGAUUUGAUUUAAUGACCAGAACCCAGGAAUGCCUGGGAAGAAGAGCAGAUGGGCUCAGCAUUGGGGAGACAGAGAGCAAGAAGGUGACAGAUGGAUGGAGAUGACAUUUCACGCCAGGGCGUCGGCUCAGCCCCCAUCACCCCAGCCUGUUACAGCCCGCAAAGCUGUGUGGAAGCAGCUGGCUCUCCCGGUCCUUCUUGUUCCUCACCUUCUGCCUCCCUGUAGCUGCAUUCAGACAGGCGCUGAAGUGGGUUGUUGGUGGUGGAGGGAGCUUGCCCGAGUUAGGAAACGCUCCUCCAUUCUCAAGAAGGAAGGGGCAGGGAGGGUAACAGAAGCAGAGGUAAUCUGGCAGCUCCUGAGAGGAGCCACGUCAUCACUGUGGUUUCAGUUUGGGCCUGAGCGCACCUCAUCACUAGGAACAUGUGCAAAUGGGGGCGGAAGCAUCAUACGACAAGGAAGGCGCUUCCCUUGCAUGUAGCUCACCUGGGGUCAGUGUCUGCACCCCACAUGGUCCCCAAACCCUGCCAGAAUGGUCCAUGAGCAUAGUCAGGUAUGGCCCAAAGAGCAGAUACCAACUAAACAAGAAAAGCAGUUUGCCUGUGGGACCACUUUCUCAGUAGUCUUGAAGUCUUAGAACGAAGAAUUCUUCAUCCAUCAUGGGUCACGGGCCAUAAGAGCUGAAGGGAUCUAGCCGCCUCUCCAGAUGGAGACGCUGAAUGCAGGCUUGGUGUCCCGAGUCAUCGGAACAAGCCAUUUCCCUGAACAACUCACCUUUCAGAGCACACAUGUAACGUACUAUGGGCUGUUAGCCUGCAGUUUCAUACUUUUUUUUCCAUGCAAAAUCACUAGCUAUAGAUGGUGGGAGGGCCAGAGAAAGACCUUGAGCAAAAUAAAGGCAGCCAAGUCUGGUGGUUUAUAGUUGCCACGGGUUUCACGCUAUAAACUAGGGUCUGCUCUUCGGCAGAGUAGCUAGCUCUUCUGGAAGUUUCUAGAGCUGCUGACGUGGGGUAGGGGAAGGGUGUGGUAUGACAUAUAGCACUCUCUUCCCCGCCUUCGAUCACCCAUCAAGUGGUUAUUUAAAACAAAACAGUGCCGAGGGCCCCACAGCAGUUCACCACACUGUUCCUGUCAGGAAGACAUUUCCUCAGUCAGACCUGAUGUGUCCAACAUCCCCAGGGCAACUCGGGCUUAGCCAAGUUCAGUGAGAAUUAAUGACAAGGGGCACAACUUCCUUUAUUAUGGGCCAGACGGAGGUCACAUAUUACCCAGGUAGCAUUGUGCCUUUACCUAAUUGUUGUGUAGCGGGAAACACAGUGGAUACUUCUCUGGGGGACCUUGACCUUUGUCCAGCAUCUCAGAGGAGGCCGGGUCCUUAAGGGAGGGAAUUGUGCAGGCAAAUGCUACCCAUCCCAGUUGUUAUGUCCCAGUCUUCCCACUAGGGGGCACAGCAGGCCUCUGCGGCUCAGCCUGGUCGACAUUCAGGGGCAGGAAUGCUUUCCCCCUGCGAGCAGGUGGCCCGUGAGCAGUGGACACCAGGAGAGAACAGUGAGCACUUCUCUUGCAGUGGGUUGCGCAGGCAAAGUGACAAGGAAAGCAAAGAAUGUGCUUUCGUGACCGCUCCGUUUCUUAUGAUUUUUCUCUAGAUUAACUUGCAGUGUGCUACUGGAUUUUGAGGAAGGGGAAGGAGGAUAUUUGUUUUGAAAUUCCCUUAACAGACUUUGCUUUUGAAAACAGUGCCCUUCAUUACAUGACAAUUUCUUGAACUAUGACCAUAAUGUUUCCAGGCCACAGUGCGUAACUAGUUUCCUAAAAUACCAUGUAUGUAUCCUUAGACUUGGAGGAGGAGCGGGGAGGGACAUGCUCAGUGCGGGAAGAGAAUGUGGGUGAAGCAGAGCAGCCCCAAGCCCCCACCCCGGCCCCCAUAACCGAUCAUGAGCUAGUUAGUCUUGCUCAAAUAAAGAUCCCCGCGUGCUUGAAGGGAGUCCCGGCUGCAGGGGACACGUGAGCAGAGCGGAAGUAGACCUCUUUCCUUCUCGGCGGUGGUCUGGAGCAGUAGGUAGAGAGAGCAAAGGAAGGAUGGGGCUUCUUUAGCAAGCAGUAACUCAAGACAGCGUUGUUCUUAGAAAGCGCUUUCUUUCAAGCUAACACAACAGGCGGAUGUUGCCUCUAGUUAGAUUGUAGCCGUCACGUUCCUUCGCUGUUAAGUGAAUCUUUAAGGGGAUAAAUGUCAGGAUCAAGUAGGUAAACUGAGUCCUCCUGCCGGAGAGUAGGGCUCCAUGCACAGCUGAGCCUGCAGGGAAGCGGGACACUGUGUGUCUGCGGUGAGACCGCCGAAUGCAUGCUGCGGGGAGCCUUCGCUGUUUAUGGGGGCUGCUCAGCUGAGCACUUGGCUGCAGAAAGGGAGGGAGCACGUGGAGGAGGGGGCAGGUCCCCCACCCCCACACUCCGAGCCACCAGCAGCAGCGGCAGGUGGCAUGGCCGGUCUGGGCUGCCCUUCCCUGAUGCCCUGGCUCUUCAUUUCACGCGAUGCCCAAUUCCAAUUUCCCUCCUAAGCUGGUGUCAAAAUGCACCUCACUGACUGACUCUCAACAGCUCCAGGUGUCACCAGCAGAUUGCCUGCGGGAGCCAGCAUGUACAAGUGUGCAGUCACGUGGGGGGAUGUGUGAGAGCCAGAAAUUGCUGUGGGCAGGGGAUGAUGGGAAAGGAAAUCUUGUUUCCUGCAGUGGGAACUGAUCGUGUAGUCUUAACCGUCUUUUGUACAAGUAUCUAUGAACCAGGUAUUGUCCCAUCCAGUGCUUGCCCUUGAAAUUGUCUCUAAUUACAUUGAGGAUACAAUAAAACAAUACUGAUAUUAAUGUU